AUGUGCACCAGCCGGAAGAUCAUCUGCAGCCUGCUGGUGCUCUCCGUGCUGGAGAUAGGGCUCGGAGUGUCCAGCAUUGCGCUGGGUGCGGUGGCCAUUCGCCGAGUACGAGCCGCCAGCAAGCCGCAGCAGGGAGACGCCUCGCCGGUCUGGAGCGGGGUGUGUUUUCUCCUCUGUGGGCUGUGUGGGGUGCUGUGUGCCAAAAAGAGGACUGGACUCAUCAUGAUCCUGUUCUCAGCCUGCUGUAUCUGCGGGCUGAUUGGCGGGAUUCUGAAUUUCCAGUUUGUGCGUGCGUUGGCAAAGCGUCCCGACGCGCCCCCACCCCAUGACCUGGCCACCAUGGUGCUGGCGUGUCUGGGCAUCACCUGCAGCACGCUGUCCACCUGGCUCACCUGUCGGCUGGCCAGCAGCGAGCAACAGCGCAUGUUCCUGGAACGCGAGCAUUCACUCCACCACUCCCACGAGAUGAAGGUGAGAGAGCUGCCAGACACCUCCAGCAAUGGGCUUCCUCAGAUCUCUCACAACGGGAGCACAUCUCCACCGUGA